CCGCACCGGCCAGGGCAGCCAGUGCAACCAGGCCAUCAUGCUGAUCACGGCUGGGCCCGUGCAGCCCGCCUACAAGGACGUCCUGAAGCACUACAACUGGCCGCACAUGCCCGUCCGAAUGUUCACCUACCUGGUGGGCAAGGACUCUACGGCCGCCUCCGAGAUGCACAAGAUCGCCUGCGGCAACAAAGGGUACUUCAACCGGUUAAACAACCGGAAGGAUGUGCGCGCCCAAGUGCUGAAGUAUGUCCAGGUCAUGUCCAGGCCUCUCGUCAUGUACCAGAACGAGCACCCCGUGCAGUGGACGCCGGUAUACAGGGGCGGAAAGGGCAACAGUCUUCUGCGUGACGAAGUCAAAUACGGUCAGCUGAUGACGUCUGUGAGCGCGCCAGUGUUCGACAGAAGAAACUCGACGCUCGGAGUGAACGGCUACUCCUUCCUGGUGGACAACAACGGCCACGUCCUGUACCACCCGGACCUCCGGCCCAUGUUCCAGGACACUCUGAAGCCUGAGUACAAUAGCGUGGACCUCACUGAGGUCGAACUCGUGGACAGUGACGGAGGACCUCGCGAGAACAACUCCAUGCUGCUCGAUCUUCGGCACGACAUGAUCGAUCAGAAGGAAGGAGAGACGGACCUAACCAUAAAAACGGAUUUCAACGGAAUGCGCGUGGCCACCCGCCGGAACAAGUACUUCUACAACCCCAUCGACGGCACGCCCUUCUCGCUAGCGCUGGCGCUGCCGGAGGGCUACGGCAUGUACGAGACUGUUGGGGAGGAGGAAAUAAAGCGCAGCACCGUUAACCUUUCCGAUCUCUUCAAAGGAGACAACUGGAGGCUCCACCCGGACUGGGUGUACUGCGAAUACAACUACGCCUCGGAUCACCACUUCAAAUCGCCGGAGGACCAGUUCUUGCACUUCCUCAACAAGGUCAGGAGACCCGGCUGGAAGUGGAUGUCUCAACGUCACUGGACCCCACAAGCAGUUAAAGACAUGAAGAAGCUGGAACGGGACUCGUACUACUGUGACAAGACGUUAGUGCAGUCGCUGGUGUACGACGCGGUGGUCACGCAGGGCCUCGACCAGCCUGCGCGCCUCGACCGGCCGUCGAACGUCAACGAGGAGAGGCACCCUAUAGCCGUUCUCAUGGCUCUGUGGCGAAGGUAACGUAUAGGUCGCAUUUUCGAGUGCUUUCCUUUAGGAUAGCGUCGCUAGCCCUCAGUAUAUUUAGUCGGCCUUGAAAAAAGGUUAAAGACAGAUUUCAAGAUUCAACGCAAGUGUUUUUCCCCAUCCGUAUCGUAAUUUAUCAGACCCUGUUCCUAGAAAUUCAAUAAUGUUUGUAUCUAUCUUAAAGAUGGCUUAUCUUCCCUCCCGUCGUGAAUGUCUGCAUUCGCGCAUUCACAUUCGCGAGAAACCAAAUUUCACAAAGUAGAGACUAGAUUCAUUUUUGUUGCAUAUUAACGUGUUUGUUGUGUAUUCUUCUGUUGAAAGUGACACCAUUUUCCGUUCAUGACAAACGUGCCCGUUUUACACCCUCUUGAGAUUAAUAAUAAUUUCAACAAGUAUAGGAAGUACUAUACCCGAAAAACUUAAUAUUGAAAACAAGCAACUGUCAAAAUAAAUAAUUUUCAAGAAAACAAACAGCUCAAAUUCUGUGGUGUCACUUUCUUCAACGUGAUCUGUUUUUCGCGUACCGAAGGCUGUGGUGAGUACCUACUAACAACUUUACUCCUCCUACAAGCUGCCAAAGGAAAGUGUUUCACUAUGUCGCCAAAAAGUUACAAAGUUAUCAUCACAUCCUCAAUUCUUUGGUACCAGGUGUUUAGAGCAGACGCCGCAGUGUUGUGGCUUUGCAUAUCGUCUUGGGCCGGAAGGGACGUGGCAUUUUACGGGUAGAAUGAGUAGGCAAACCGUAACACUUCGGCGUCCGCUCUAAAACAUCCAGAACAUAACUUUGUAGGGUGGUUGAAGACUCUGUACUUUUCGAGCAAAAUCCAUUCCGUCUAGUACAUUCCGAGGGGUCUACAACUCGUAUAAUCAAAAGUACACGACCCUAUAAUCACUUAUAAUCACGCCUA